CCUCGAAGUGGACGUCAAAGGCGAAGCAGAACUGAACUCCGUCGCAAGUCUGCUGGGCGUGCCACCAGCUGCACUCUUCCGCGGGCUCACCACUCGCACUCACAACGCACGCGGCCAGUUGGUUAAAUCUGUCUGCGACGCCAAUAUGUCCAACAUGACACGCGAUUGUCUCGCGAAAGCCUUAUACUGUCGCACUGUGGCCACCAUUGUCAGACGCGCCAACAGCCUCAAGCGUCUGGGCUCCACCUUGGGCACACUUAGCUCCGAUUCCAAUGAAUCUGUACACAAUCAAGCGGACGUUGCAUCGCAGCAUGCCUCUACGAUUGGCGGCAACUCUGGUUCCAAAUCAAUGGCUGCCUUAAAUAAUGCUGUUCGCCAUGCCACUGACGGUUUCAUUGGCAUUCUGGAUAUGUUCGGCUUUGAAGAACCAUCACAUGCACAGCUGGAGCACCUGUGCAUCAAUCUUUGCGCUGAAACUAUGCAGCACUUCUACAACACGCACAUUUUCAAGUCUUCAGUGGAGUCGUGCCGCGAUGAGGGCAUAGUCUGCGAUGCCGAAGUCGACUAUGUGGACAAUGUGCCUUGCAUUGACCUCAUAUCCUCGCUACGCACCGGUCUAUUGAGCAUGUUGGACGCUGAAUGCUCCAUCCGCGGCACAGCCGAGAGCUAUGUGGCCAAGAUUAAGGUGCAACACCGCAACUCCACGCGUUUGGAGACCAAACACUCGAGCGAACCCUACGAUCCGCGCGUAUUUAUGAUUCGCCACUUUGCCGGGCGCGUGGAGUAUGACACCACCGAUUUUCUCGACACAAAUCGCGAUGUGGUGCGCGACGACUUGGUUGCCGUCUUCUAUAAGCACACCUGCAAUUUUGGCUUUGCCACACAUCUAUUCGGUUCCGAAUUGAAGGCGCUGUAUGCCCUACAGAAUGUGCCACGCGGUCUGAGCUUCCGCAUUUCGCCCACAUCACACACAGAUCUGCUGAAUGGCGACGAGCCGGUCUCUACACUCACACAAGACUUUCACACACGCUUGGAUAAUCUGCUGCGCACGCUGGUGCAUGCGCGUCCACAUUUUGUGCGUUGCAUACGCAGCAAUGCCAACGAGACGGCCGGCUGUUUUGAGCGUAAAAUGGUCGUGCGACAAAUACGUUCGUUGCAGGUGCUGGAGACGGUAAAUCUUAUGGCUUCAGGUUUUCCGCAUCGCAUGCGCUUUAAGCAAUUCAAUGCGCGUUAUGUUGCCAUGUUGGCGCCAUUCCGGCUGCAUCGCCGUGGUGAGGAUAAAGCAAUGGAGGAUUGUAAUCUAAUACUCGAGUAUGCCAUGGAAAAUCCACCAGUAUUGGAUGGUUCGGUCACUCUGGCAUGGGCGCCGGGCAAGCGGCACGUCUUCCUCAGCGAAGGUAUGCGUCAGCACUUGGAGCAUCUGCGUGCCGAAAUACGCACAAAGAGUGCUACGCUGAUACAGGCCACCUGGCGUGGUUGGCAGUGGCGCAAGAAGAUGGGCGGCGGGAAACGAACGCGGGUCGGCGGCGGCAAUAGUGUCAUGCCUAUUCUGCCAGCUGUAACCACAACGAAGCUAACAAAAUUGUUGCCCAACAGCGGCGCGAAUUCACUGCCGCGCUUGUCAGCUAAAUCCACAAAUCUGAUGGGCACCGUAACGCGUCCACGACCACAACCAAUCGCCGGCACACCACCGCCAGAUCCAAAUGAGAAAUGCGAUACAAAGAUAAUCCAGCAAACUUGUAGUCUUUUCGGAUUAGAUUUGGAGCGCCCACCACCAGUACCACCAUCGCGUGCCUAUACCAUUGCUGGCAGCUUGAAGCUUAGCUAUCCGCAGAGCCGCAUCAUGAAAAUGAAUUUCCCCGAGGAUCCACCCAUCGUUAAUCCGGCCGAACAAAUGCAGCAACAGUUGAAGAAGGGCGAAGCUGUCAGUGUGGUUGGAGCGUCGACGUGUCGUGGACACUUGAUUGUCGAGCACAAAGGUCAGAGCUAUCACGUACCGUUUCAGUAUAUGGAGUUGUUGCGUCCAUCAGCUGGUGCAGCUGGUGCAGCUGCUGCUGUUGCUGCUGUUGCUGCUGCUGCUGGCGGGGUGACCAGUAAUCCAAAUAACGCUGCAAGUGUCAACAGCAACAACAACAACAACACUAAUAGCAAUAGCAACAACAUUGCCAAUAAGAAUAGUAGUAGCAGUACGGGCAAUUUGGCCAACAAUUGCAAUGGCAACAACAACAAUAUUGGUUUAAACAAUGGGAAUAACAGCAGUGCUAGCAACAACAACAAUGCAAACACUCCGACAGCUGUGAAUAUUUGAAGAGUGUCCAGGCGAGCAGUGUGAGUGCGGAGUGAAAAACGCUGGCUAAUUGUUGAGCGCGACAGGUGCGCGACUGCAGCCACAAUAACAAAUCAGUGUGGCUUCCGUUGCAGGGAUGAGUUUGCAGCCCGAAUGUUUCCGUUGGAAAACAUCGAGGCCUUCAUUUGGAUUUCUUUUUUCACACAAAGACUGUAAAUAGUUAUUAUAGUUACUCGUUCAUAUUUGCGGCAAGCAACGAACGUACAUAUAUUAAAGUAGAUAU